CUAAAAUAGCAAAGAAAUAAAAUAAUUAAGUACACUUUUUUCAUGUUGAUAAUUUUGUUGGGUAGCUUCUUCUAUAUCUUUGGCAUAUAAAGGAACAAAACAAGUGAAGUGAAGUAACCCCUUUCACACAAGACAAGAGUGAUAUUUCAAAUAUUACUCCAAACUUCCAAAAUGUACAUAAAUCAUUGGGAUUAUGAACAUCAAAGCUAUGAACCUUGUAGCAUAGCUAAUCCUCUAGAGGACAUAUCAGCAAUAAUUCAUGAAUCAAAUGCAAAUGAAACCUAUAUGAAUUUUCAAGCUCAACAACACCAUGAGUUUGACAUACCUAUUUGGAGCAAUGAAUUUUCCAUGCCAACAACAACAGAUUCACCUUUUCUAUAUUGUCAAGGCUGUAAAGAUAACUACUCAGAAAAUAUCACCAAACAAGAUCAACCAACAACCUGCUUCAAAUUGGGUUCUGAAUCUUUAAUGUCUAGCAGUGAAGAUAGUAUCUCUUCUUGUGAAAAGUGUAGUGAGUUUCCCUCUUGUUCUGAUAAGAGGGUGCUGGAGAGUGAUUUUUCCCCAGAUCAUAAGUCUCAUGAAAUUUCCUUUCAGAAAACUCAGUGGGAAUCAUGUACAAAGCAAGACAAACAAUCUUCACCUUGUGGCUUUGAUUUUGCAACAUCUACCAACUCUGAUUUUAAGAUAACGGCAAAGGGUAAAAGAAGAUUAAGAUGGACAAAAGAAUUGAAUGAGUCAUUUAUUAUGAUUGUCAACCAGCUUGGGGGUCCAGAAAAGGCAAAGCCUAAGGCUAUACUAAAGAUGAUGGGUGUGGAUGUGUUGACCAUUUCUCAUGUCAAAAGUCAUUUGCAGAAAUAUCGCUCUACAUUACACACGCACAAAUGUUUGAAAGGAAUAUCUGAGGAAGUGCAAAUAACAGAUGGGAUUAAUGAGCUUCAAGUUAAAAUCCAAAUGCAAAUAGAAGAAUCACGACAACUACAACUUGAGGUUGAGAGGAGCAAUCAACGACAAUUCGAGAUUCAACGAAAUUUGCAACUGGUGAUUGAACAGCAGAAGAAGCAGCUCAAAUUAAUGUUAGAUCAACAAAAGAAAAUAACUAAACAGGAGAAAAUGAUUGAUUUAAAACGGAAAUGAGUAUUUAUUUUUUUCUAGACAAAAAUAAAAUGAAAUGAAAAAUCAAACCUCGUAGUCUAGCCCUAAACUUGACUAUGUACAUAAUGAUAUUAGAUUUUUUGAUCA